UACCCUUACUAUACAUAUCUUACUCGACUUGCUACAUUCCCUUACUAUAAAUAUCUUACUCGACUUGCUACAUACCCUUACUAUAAAUAUCUUACUCGACUUGCUACAUACCCUUACUAUACAUAUCUUACUCGACUUGCUACAUACCCUUACUAUACAUAUCUUACUCGACUAGCUACAUACCCUUACUAUACAUAUCUUACUCGACUUGCUACAUACCCUUACUAUAAAUAUCUUACUCGACUUGCUACAUACCCUUACUAUAAAUAUCUUACUCGACUUGCUACAUACCCUUACUAUAAAUAUCUUACUCGACUUGCUACAUACCCUUCAACUACAUACCCUUACUAUAAAUAUCUUACUCGACUUGCUUCAUACCCUUACUAUACAUAUCUUACUCGACUUGCUACAUACCCUUACUAUAAAUAUCUUACUCGACUAGCUACAUACCCUUACUAUACAUAUCUUACUCGACUAGCUACAUACCCUUACUAUACAUAUCUUACUCGACUUGCUACAUACCCUUACUAUAAAUAUCUUACUCGACUAGCUACAUACCCUUACUAUACAUAUCUUACUCGACUAGCUACAUACCCUUACUAUACAUAUCUUACUCGACUUGCUACAUACCCUUACUAUAAAUAUCUUACUCGACUAGCUACAUACCCUUACUAU